GAUCUUUCGCGCGGGAAAUCCGUAGAUCUUCUAUCAGUAGUCUACCGUAGGCCAGCUCAGGGACCAGCCGGAACCUCCCCCUGGGCGGUAGCCGUGCCCCCCCGGGCCUUGUGUUCCAGUCUAUCGUUUUUCUCUCGCCUACCCGCCUCACUGUCCUCUCUUAAAAGGCGUCGAGUCUCCCCUCAUAGAUUCCUGUCAAUAGCACCAUCUUCCACAGCUUUCUGCCCGAGUAUUUCCCUGCUUUACACCUUUCAGACGCUUAUCGCUCUUGAAUCAUAUACCACUACAAUGACCGUCUCUCAGCCUCUCCUUGCUCAUGGCUACAAGGCCAACUCUGAGCUCUUUACCCCUCUAAAGUUGGGGAAGAUGGAUUUGAAGCACCGCAUCAUUAUGGCUCCAUUGACAAGAGCCCGCUCGCCUGGACAUAUCCCCGACGAAAAUGUGGUCGAGUACUACAAGCAGCGGGCCAGCGAAGGUGGUCUCAUCAUCACGGAGGCUACAGGCAUCUCAGUCAUGGUGAAUUUUCGCGAUGGUGCAAUUGGAGGAGUUUAUUCAUGCUAACGGGUACCACAGGCUGGGAACUACCACGAUGUGCCGGGAAUCUUUACCCCUGAACAGAUCCGUGCUUGGAGGCAAGUGACCGACGCCGUCCAUUCAAAGGGUGGGUUCAUCUAUUGCCAAUUGUGGCACGUUGGAAGAGCGACCCAUCCAAUCAACCUGGGUGGAAGAACCCCACUUGGGCCCUCUGCCACCGGGAUGGGGGAUUCCAAGAUUUACUUCACCCGAGAAGGGCCAAAGGACGCCGUCACUCCCAAGGAAAUGACCAUUCAGGAAAUUCAAGACACGAUUUCCGACUACGUCCAUGCCUCGAAGUGUGCAAUCGCUGCCGGCUUCGACGGUGUUGAAAUUGUAAGCCCUGCUCCGACAUGGCACGGAAAUACGCUCCCACUAACACUACCCAGCACGCAGCAAACGGUUAUCUCCUCAACCAGUUCAUCUGUGACAACAUCAAUUUCCGCACCGACACUUAUGGCGGCAGCACCGAGAACCGCGGUCGCAUCGUCCUCGAGGUGGUCGACGAAGUUGUCGCUGCCAUUGGGGCCAACCGUGUCGGAAUCCGCUUCUCCCCCUUCGGCUUCUUCCAGGGCACCGACACCUCCGACAUCCACGAGCACUAUGGCUACGUCAUCGAGAAGGUCGGCCGGAAGGGGCUCUCAUACGUGCACCUCAUUGAGCCGCGAUCGGAGCUGACCAUGGAUAUUGAAGAGAAGAACAAGAAGCUCCUCGCCAUUGCCAUAGCAAAGGGUGUUCCGGACGGGAACAUCGCCGACUACCUCACCCUCAAACCCUUCAAGAAGCUCUUGCACGGAACCCCUAUGCUUGCUGCUGGGGGUUUCGACGCCACCAAUUCUGAGGGCCCGGUUCAGGAUGGUGAGGCCGAGGCAAUUGUCUUUGGUCGUUACUUCAUCAGUAACCCGGAUAUCGUUGAGAGGUUGAGGAAUGGAUGGCCUUUGGCUCACUAUGACCGCAAUACCUUUUACGUUCCUGGAACCGCUGGAUACACUGAUUAUCCUACUUAUGAGCAAGAGGCUGCUAAUAAGCCGGCUAGUGCCAAGAUC